GGUGGUGGUGGCGUUAGACUACUGGGCGAACAUAUUACAUUUUCAGAGAGCAGAGAGAGAGAGAAAGAGAGGCAAAGGAAAGGGUUUAGGAAGGAAGAGAGACUGUGUGAGUGAACUGUGAAAGACAGAGAGCAAAGAAAGUAGGUAGGAAGGUACCUCUAAUGGCGACAACAACGACGUUUCAGGGUUAUCCUCAACAGCCACAACCACAACAACAACAACAACAACAACAACAACAACACCACCACCACCAUCAGCCUACCACCGUUGAGGAGGUCAGAACCCUUUGGAUUGGGGAUUUACAGUAUUGGGUCGACGAAAACUACCUUAAUAGUUGCUUUGCUCAUACCGGCGAGGUUAUUUCUAUAAAGAUUAUACGCAACAAAAUCACAGGACAGCCUGAAGGUUACGGAUUUGUGGAGUUUGUUUCUCAUGCAGCAGCAGAGAGGAUUUUGCAGAGUUACAAUGGUACCCAGAUGCCUGGAACUGAACAAACUUUCAGGUUGAACUGGGCUUCUUUUGGUAUUGGUGAAAGACGUCCUGAUGCUGGGCCUGAACACUCCAUUUUUGUUGGAGAUCUGGCACCUGAUGUUACAGAUUAUCUGUUGCAAGAAACCUUCCGAUCUCAAUAUCCAUCAGUUAGAGGUGCCAAGGUUGUCACUGAUCCAAACACUGGACGUUCAAAAGGAUAUGGUUUUGUUAAAUUUUCUGAUGAGACAGAAAGGAAUCGUGCUAUGUCGGAAAUGAAUGGUGUCUAUUGCUCAACUAGGCCAAUGCGAAUUAGUGCAGCAACACCGAAGAAGACCACUGGUUUUCAACAGCCCUACACUGCUGCAAAAGCGGCAUAUCCACUUUCAGCAUACAGUACACCAACAGCCCCUGUGCUUUCUGCAGAUUAUGAUGCAAACAACACUACGAUUUUUGUUGGUAACUUGGAUCAAAAUAUCACUGAAGAGGAGUUGAAGCAAACAUUUUUGCAGUUUGGGGAGAUUGUCUAUGUUAAGAUUCCUGCUGGCAAAGGAUGUGGUUUUAUACAGUUCGGGAUAAGGACAUCUGCUGAAGAAGCUAUUCAAAAAAUGCAGGGAAAGAUGAUUGGUCAGCAAAUAGUCCGGGUUUCUUGGGGUAGGAGCCCAACAGCUAAACAGGACGUAUCUGGUGGCUGGGGUCAGCAAGUAGAUCCAAAUCAGUGGGCGGCAUAUUAUGGUUAUGGACAAGGAUAUGAUGCGUUUUCGUAUGGGGCUGCUACACAAGAUCCUUCGUUAUAUGCAUACAAUGCAUAUGCUGGCUAUGCCCAAUACCCUCAACAGGUUGAUGGUGUUCUAGAUAUGGCAGCUAUAGGAGCAACUGUCCCAGCUGUAGAGCAGAGGGAAGAGUUGGAUGAUCCAUUGGCUACACCUGAUGUUGACAAGUUGAAUGCUGCUUACGUCGCUGUUCAUGGAAGUGCGAUGCUAGGCCGUCCCUUAUGGCAGAGAACGUCUUUGUUUACACAGCAAACUUAGAUGCACAUAUUCAUAACCAGAUUCAGAUUGGUGAGACUAUUGCUACAUUGUUGUAGAAGUUAGAGGAUAGAGCGGUAGAGAAAGAAUAUAAAAGAGUAUAGUGUCAUGUUAACUGCAAAUUGAAUCAGCUUCCAUUUCUUGAUUGUGCUUUUUGCGGCAUCAGAGUGGGACCUUUUUUCUGACAAUAAAAUUUUUUCUUGUUCUGCUGAAAUAUAAUUCCUGAUUUUAUUUUUUAUUUUUAUGAGGAAAUUUUUUCUUUUAGAAAGGAGGAAAAAAAAAACUAUUAUUAAUAAUUUCGUAGAGGAUAGUAAACUUGUAAAAUCUACUCGUUUGUAUCAAGUGAAAGUGACAUGCCUUGGUAGUGCUUCGUUGAUAAUUUCGUAAUUAAAAUUGUUAAUUGAACAAAAUAAA